AUGUUAAUCAAACAUACAGUCAUCCCGGAGGCUUCCAGCUCGCCGCCCUACGUAGAAUAUGAACAAUUUAUUAUUUUCGGCGACUCUAUAACGCAGGGCUCGUGCGAUCAGGGGAGAGGAUUCGCCUUUUCUCCAGCGCUACAGAGUGGUGGGAUUACCCUUUCGCUGAAUUAUAUCAGACGCUUCGAUAUCAUCAAUCGCGGUUUCAGUGGCUAUACAUCGCAGCAAGCUCUCGCCAUCUUUCCAUCUUUCUUCCCGCCAGUGCAAAAGGCGAAAGUCCGCCUAAUGAUUGUCUUCUUCGGCGCAAACGACGCCGUCCUCCCUGGAUUCGAACAACACGUCCCCCUCCCCACCUACGAAGCCAACUUAAGAAAAAUCCUCACACACCCGCUCAUCAAAGAGCACAAGGAAACAAACCUUCUCCUCCUAACCCCUCCGCCUGUCGAUGAGUAUCAGUUUUCCGCUGCAGAUACAGAUACAGAUAUGGGUACAGAUACAGGUACAGCUACACCGUCAGGCACGCCCGAACCAGCCUCCGUAGCAGUAAUGCGCAAAGCGUCCCAGACAAAAAAGUAUGCAGACGCCUGCCGGCAAGUGGGCAAAGCGCUCAACGUGCCCGUCGCCGACAUAUGGACUGCAUUCAUGACCGCGGCGGGGUGGGUGGAAGGCCAGCCGCUCCCGGGAUCAAGAGAUGUCCCUGCGAAUAAGAAGUUGCAGGCCUUGUUGUCGGAUGGUCUCCAUUUCAACCCAGCAGGAUAUCAAGUUAUGUACGACGAGGUGACGAGGGCGAUUCGGACCCAUUACCCACACCUUACGCCUGGGAAUGUUCCUAUUCAUUUCCCGCCGUGGCAGACGGCGCCGAAAUUGUAGUUGUUGGCUCUCUAUCACCGGGGAAUAGGGGGUCAUGCUUCUAUUUUUAUACUUUUAUUUUCUAUUUAUUUCUAUUUAUUUCUAUUUAUUUAUUUUUGUUCCGGUGUUUAUUAUUUAUUGCUACUCGAAAACUCAUUGGAUAGCAUAACACAGAGAGAUUUUGCAAAUCCAAGUAUUUAACAAGUUUA